GAAAGCGCCGUUGGGGGCGGGGGGAGGGGAGCCCCAACGGCCCGGGCGGUGCGGUGCGGUGAGGAGAGGAGCGGGGCGGGCGGGGGCUGCCGGGAAGGGGGCGGACCGCGGGCGUCAUGGCGCACAAACAGAUCUACUACUCCGACAAGUACGACGACGAGGAGUUCGAGUACCGGCACGUCAUGCUGCCCAAGGACAUCGCCAAGCUGGUGCCCAAGACGCACCUGAUGUCGGAGUCGGAGUGGAGGAACCUGGGCGUGCAGCAGAGCCAGGGCUGGGUCCACUACAUGAUCCACGAGCCAGAGCCUCACAUCCUGUUGUUCCGAAGACCGCUGCCAAAGAAGCCGGAAAAGUGAGCCUGCCUGGAGCGGGGCUGUACAUAGACCUCCCUCUCCUACCUGUCCGGGUCUCUCUCUAAAAAGCACCUUUCUCUUCCUCUUUCCUGGCUCUUACGACUGAGAAGCGUCUCCGCAUGUGACCGUGCUUGGAGACAUCCAGCAGGUGUGGCUGGUGGCAAAGGCUCUGCUGCGUGCUCUGUCCCCUGUGAACACCCCGCCGCGCGGGAGCAGGUGGCUGCUUCUGCGGGGCGCCUGAGGACGGCUACCGGGGACCGAGCUGGCAGUCCCUCAGACGGGCGCCCGCGGCGCUGUCUGGGCACCCGACAGCAGCCGCUCGUCCCCGGGCCAGCGCUGCUCCUGCGGGCCUCUCCCUGCUGCAACACCCGAGUUCUGUCCAAAGCUUCAAUAAAAAGGACGUUUCGGA